AAAAUAUGCUGAUUGAGAAAUGAAAGAUUAGUUUCGUGAUUGUCGGCGGUGGAGAUAGUGGGAAACCAAAAAAAAAAAAAAAUAGUUGUGUAAUUCUAACGCGUAUCCUUGCUGAUGUUGGCGAAAAACUUCAACAUUGUCCCUCUCCCUUUUAUACAACAAAAUACAAGAAACAAGCUAAUUAGCUAAAUAAUCCCAAAUAAACAAAUCCGAAACAGCCUCCGGUUUCAACAAUUCUUGGCUUCUCUCUUUUCUCCAACACAAUCAAUCAUUCCUUCUAUCGCUUUUCCUCUCUCCAUAAUUUUGAGGUGUCGAACAUCAUACUCUUUUUUCUUAAGGCUUUGAUCAGAAAGGGCAUUCACUCAUUCGGGGUUUCCUGAAAAGAGCGGGUGCCCAGUUGGCUCGCUUCUUCAUUUGAUUGCUGAGGCCUUUUCUCAGUUCUAUUUAGUUACCCCAAGUUCUGAUCACCACAACUUUUGCUUCCACAAUCAGGAAAUAGAGACAAUUGGGGAUCGUCAAUGACACUUGAAACGGUUUUUGAGUUACCAUCAUAGGUUGGAGAUAUAAUGGGUGCAGUUUGUUGUUGCUUGCGAGACGAAUGUGAAGAUUUUGCCAACCCAAACAGCUCAAUGCAUAGGAACUGUAUAUGCCUUCAGACUCUUGUUCAGAAUUUCUUGCAUGUGUAUGCAUCACUUUUCCCGAGAGGAGGAAGACAUGUCGUUCCUUCAUCUGAUCAAGGUGCAGCAUCUUUGAGUUCUACAGCAUCUAAUAAUGACUCACUAUCUGACAUGUACCGCUCUCCUCCUAGACCACUGCCUUAUGAUGCUGAUCCAAGAUAUUUCCGCUUGCAACAAGAUGGACAAAUCCCAAGAAUGGAGAAAGGCUCAAGCCACUCACAUGAGGAAACUGAACCACUACAAAGAAGUUUUGAUGACCCUGAAUCAUUAAGUGAUGUAAAAAAAUGGAGUCAGCCUACAUUUGAAGAAGGAUCAAAAGAAUACAACAAAUCUUCUGUGGAAUUCUCAACCGCUAAAAUGGCUUCUGGAGAUGCUCAUAUCUAUUAUUAUUCAGAAGAUGAAGAUGUCUGCCCAACAUGUCUUGAAGAAUAUACACGGUUUAGUAUGAAUAAUUUUUACACUAACAAAUUUUUUUACCUAUUCAAGGUUUCAAUUCCACAUUUUAGGGAAGGGGAAUGUACAAUUUGUUUUGAUGACAUGAUAAUACAAAAAUUAUUUAGACUGGAAGAGUACAAAUCAUAAGCUCUUGUUUUAUUAGUAGCUCAUAAAAUCCAACUAUUUCUUAUUCAAAAAUAGCCUAUAAUCGGAAGAAUAAAUACCUCUACUUCCAUUGCAAUAAUAAACUCUUGAGUUUUAAUUUGUUUGACAUAAUUUGACUAGACAUAGAAUUUAGGAUAGACAGAAAGACACUUAAAAUUUAUGGUCCUAAAUACGUCAUAAUAUUUUUGUUUCUAUGAAACUUUUGAAAAUUGUGAUUUUAAUUAAACAUGUUUUUGUUUCUAUGAAACUUUUGAAAAUUGUGAUCUUCAUUAAACAUGUCACAGUAUAUAUAUUGGUGACAAUUCGAUACUGAAAUAUGCCACUAAUCUUUUUGGAACAAAUUAAACUUAUAAAGAAAUAGUGUCAAAUAAAGUGAAACGGGCGGCAGAUUCAC